AUGACCCAAGUACUACCCUUGGCCACUCGAGACAUGGAAACCGUGAGUGCUUCUUUUCAUCCUCACAUGAGCCUUGAGAAGCCUUUGAGGAGCAGCGGAGGCUUCAACCUGACAACAGACGGGAGACAGUCCCCUAGCCCCUUCAGAUCGGGUUCGGGGAGGAAGAGAGCGUCAACUAUCAACAUUGCAAAUGCCAACCACGGCAUGUUUGAGCCGCUCAACAUCAGCUCCUCUGGUCAAGAUGGCUCUCGCGAUAUAAUAUGUCUGUGUACUCCAGCACCCAAGAUACCCAGACCAAGAAAUGCGUUCAUUUUAUAUCGCCAGCACCAUCAGUCCCAAGUUACUGCCGAGAAUCCAAAGCUUUCAAAUCCUGAAAUAUCCAAAAUCAUCGGAGAUAAGUGGAAACACGAAAGCGAGGAUGUCAAGGAGAACUGGAAGAAGCUUGCAGAGGAAGAGAAGCAACGUCACCAGCAUCAGUAUCCGAACUAUCGAUACCAGCCUCGAAGGGGGGCUAAGAACCAGAGCAACUGGGCAAGCACAUCGCCGACAGAUGAACAUGGCCGAUGUCCAAAGUGUCAUGGCCGUUCUAUUUCGACUCCGAGGACACCCUCAACACCAUACUUGACAUCACCAGCGGGAAGCUUCACACUGGGGUCUCAACCCCAAUCAGGCAUGAGGCGGAUGGACUCUGGUGCCUUGUCUCGUCGAUCGAGCUUUGAGCAAUCUCCGACCAGUGGGCUGCCGUUUCAUCACCAGCUGCCACCCGUUAGAGAUGUGGAAAAGAGCGAACCGAGCUCCCCGGAGAUUAAACGGCGACGUGCGAACGGUGCUGGCGGAUACCAUGCGAUUGCUGGAACACAUGGAGCGUACACAACCAGACCACCACCACCAGACUUGAGACGCACGCCGCCGGAUGGUGCAGCCGGUUUGAUGAGGCAUUACGCCGCAACGACUCUGCCAGACUUGGCCAGCCUUCCAAGGUCCCAGAGCGGUCCCAUGCCACCACCUCUCCGGCCGCCCGGGUCCUCUUCGUGGUCACUGGACAAAGAAUCCUUAAACCGCCGACACAGUGGGUUUGACGAGUCUCUUCGCUUGCCGCCUCUCCAAACGUCAAUUCCUCCCUCGCCGUCGAAGUCACCAGCUGUGGAUAGUAGGCAUGUGGGCAUCCCGUCAACGAGAUUAAAUGUCUCACCUGCGACGGAGCCACAUUCGACAAGUUUAGAGACAAUGGCGACAAAGGAGCCAAGUUUGACUCAAAGAUUAAACAUUCUGUCGAGUAUCACUUCACCGUUGCCUUCUGCAGGUCGGCACGGUCCGCGUGGUGACAAACGAGGAGCGUUUAUUGCUGUUGAAGGGAAAGCUAACCAAAGUCUUCUCGCUGAGGUUGGCAGAUCUAUAGAGAAGGCAAUAGUGGCCGGUGGAGAUGUUGCUCUCAAAGUUUGGUCAGCCGAAUCUGACGAGCAUGAAGGUGUUUCAGUAAAGACUCCUGCCAGGGUCGGAAAAGGCGACGAUGUUGACGCGGAUCAUGUGCUCUCAUCAUACUUCGAGACCAUUCUUUCUUGGCGGCAAAAGUCGAAACAGAUUUCCCAUCACAUCUCAGGUGGUUGUAAUGAAUGGAAUGCGCAGGACCAGAACCAGGAAAAGGACGCAAAGGUUGCGCAAGCUUUAUCGACCGAAGCAUGCACCCCUCCCGAAGAUGAUAGAGGGCCUGCCGUUGCACCCAAAACGCCAGUUGCCUUGGUAAAGGGUGGCUUUAGUCUGACCAUCGCCGACAAAUAUGCCUCUGCCAUGACCAGCUCGGACAAAUACACACUUGUGGAUCAUUGGAAAUGGAUCGCCAGCCUUUGGCGCGGAAUCCCAAAUCCUGAUUUGGCUGUGUAUGUGGAAGAAUGUGCGGAAGACGACGGGACCAAACCAGGCAUACUGGAUAGCUCAAAGGACAACGGAUUGAUUGUCGUCAGAGUACCAGUAGGGAAAGGCUUGGAUGAAGCAACUGAGCGGAGGAUGGCAUUUGAGGUGAUGGAAUGGGUGAGAGAGGGAACCUUUCGGCAUUAA